GAAUUUACAGAAAUGUUUCGUUAUCGUCUCAAUGCCAUACAAAAUCCUAAAAAUUGCUCUACUGCUAAAAAAAUAAUAUGUGGCCAUCAUCGGGCGGGUAUGGGCUCGACAAUCCAUCAUUGGGCUUAUUGCUUAAUUUACGCAUACUAUACCAAUCGAACUAUGCUUAUAGAUACAAGUAAAUGGUCUUAUUUACGAAAUGUAAUUUCCAAAGACGGUGUUGAUCAUUUUGAAGACUUUUUCCAACCAAUUUCCAAAUGCAAGCUUACUGCUCAUGAUGCUAAAGCGGCUGUUGUAUGGAAAAGUCGUCUUCCUAAAGAUUUUGCCAACGGUAGUAAUUCUAAUAAGAUUCCUCAGAUUAUACGAUUGAAGAAUGUGGGAUCCGUACUUGAAGAUUACCACAUAGGGCCGGCCAUUUGCAAUUAUGCUAUGCCUGAAAAACUAUUUUAUGAUGUUAUGAAAUUUAAAAAUAAACCUAUGGCUUGGUGGAUUGGAGUUAUAGCGCUAUAUAUUAUACAACCUAAUCAUUAUUUACAAAAAUUUAUUGAUCAAUCUCGUAAUGAAUUGAAAUUUCAGAGUCCUAUCGUUGGUAUACACCUUAGACAUACGGAUAAAGCAUUCGAAAGUAAAUUAUUCAAUAUUAAUCAAUAUAUGAUUCAAGUCAAUGCAUUUUAUAAUCGCUUAGCAAAACAUAAAAUCAAUAUUAAAAGACGCGUAUUUGUAGUUACCGAUACACCAAAGUUUAUUCCUCAAUUAGUCACAAAGUAUCCUAAUUAUCAAUUUACUCAUCCCCCGAUUAAACAAUUAAAAGCUGGUACAUUCACUUCGAGAUAUUCCGCAACUAAUCUAAAAUACUUUCUUCGAGAUUUAUUCUUACUGGCCGAGUGUGAUUAUUUAAUUUGCACUAUGUCAUCUAAUGUCUGUAGACUUGCAUACGAAUUACAUGAAGUUUUCUACGAUCAAACUAAAACUCAACAUUCUAAAUCACUUGAUGUAAAAUACCAUGUAUUUGGACUUGCUCGAAAUCAGGUCGGCCCGUGGAUUAUGCGAGCUAAUCAAGAUUGUCCUAGUAACGCAUCUAAUGUUAUUGAUCUAGGUAAAGGAGAUAUACUUGAUCCUUGUACACCUACAGAAUCAAAAACGAUGUACUAUGGUUAUUCUAAGCGCUUGAAAAUAUCAGGAAGUUUCGCUAAAUCUUGUGUAACUCAUCUUCUAGAUAUUGUAAACUAUCCAGAUUAUAGUGAAAUAGAUAAAUUUUUUUAUCGGAGUAAGUUGGAUGUAAACAGCACAUAUGCUGUCAAUACUACUUGCAUUAAAACGUCGAUAAAUGAUAUACGGUAA